CUUUCAGUUUUCUUUGCUUUUUAUAUUAUAGAAAGAUUUCUCUAAGAAAAAUAUUUAAAGUUGCAUCUUUUAUGCAUCUACUAGGAAGGAUACAAUAUAAAUUAGUAUUUCUCUAAAAACGGGCCCGUAAUGCACUGCGAGCAUUUUGGCGCGCUACUUCUCAAAUGUUCGGUGAUCGUCUAGAAUUCUGUACCUUCUUUCUCGACAUUCUCCUAAACUAAUUGACGGAUGACAUCCACACGUGGAACAUAUAUUGUUAUGCAAGAUAUAUAUGUAAGGUUAUCAUGAUCAUUGUAACAUCAUGAAUGGUACAGCUAUCCAAGACACCCCAAUAGCAGUGGAUAUCUGGACCAGGCGGGUGUGUCUCAAGAGUCGCUUGUUCUUUCUCUCCCACGCACAUGCUGACCACACCCAAGGUCUCACUUCAUCAUGGACAAAAUACAAGAUCUACUGCUCAGAAAUCACCAAGCGCAUUCUUAUGCACAAACUCAAUGUAAACGAGGAUCUCCUUGUGGCAUUACCUUUAGGAGAACCUGUGGUCUUACCCUUAGACGAAGAAGGGCGGGAAAUGCUAACUGUAACCCUCCUUGAUGCAAACCACUGCCCUGGAGCGGUCAUGUUCCUGUUUGAAGGCUACUUUGGGACAAUUCUCUACACAGGUGACUUCCGAUUUAAGCCAGCUAUGCUGUUACACGAAUCACUCAAAGGUAAACAAAUUGACAAGCUUUACCUGGAUAACACUUACUGCCAUCCCUCAUGUAAUUUCCCCACAAAAACUAAAACAAUGAAGCUCAUAUUUGAUAUUAUAAGGCGACGUUUGGGUGAUGACAUUAUUAUCCCCCUGAGGACUCUGGGGAAAGAAGAUUUGCUGGUGAAGAUUGCCCUUGAGUUUAAUUGCUGGAUUGGUGUUACUCCGAAGAAAAUGGAGCUGCUCAAAUGGCUAGACCUUCCGGAUGUUUUCACUUCUGAAUGGCACAAAACUCAAAUAAUUGUGGCUCAGCACCCUGUCAACAGUUAUACCCUGAGUCAGUUCCGAGAUCCUUUUGUUAUCCUUCCAACUGCCCUCUAUGAAGGUGAAAAAAGCAAUCCUUAUAGACACUUGCCAAACUAUGUAACAGUCCCUUAUUCAGAUCAUUCAAGCUUUAAAGAGCUUUUGCGUUUUGUAUCUGGAAUCGCCCCUGCGGAGGUCAUUCCACUCGUUUCUUCAUGCUACACUGAUAUGGAGGUCUUUGAGAGCUUCCUCUCGCCCCGUUUAUUACCUGUACCAGUUGUACCUGACACUGUAAAGAAAUUCAUGAAAAUUGAUAUUCUAUCCAUGAAUUCUAAAAAGUCUAGAGCACGGCAGAAACCUCGUCAAUUGAAACGGAAGCGUAUGGGUGUGGUGUUUGAUGAUGAGGUUGAUGAUUCGACCGACAAUGAUUCUCGUAUUGGGGCAAGGCGUGGAAUUGACCAAUCAAUCAUUCCAGUUAACAUCAAUGUGGUUAUUGACGUGAGUAUUGGCAAGAGGGGUGCAGUGACUGAAGAUGGAAGAAUUUCAUCAGACAAAUUGAUUCAAACUUCAAAAGUCUCUCCAAGUGAACCCGCACACAAAAGACUAAAGUCAAUGAGUGGGGAAUAUAUAUCUACUAAGAAAUACUCAAACACAAUUUCGCAACAGACAGCGCUACAUUCAAUCGUUCCUGGAAACCUGUUAGAAGAGGUUAAUUCCUUUGAAUCGUCACCCCCCUGUAUCAAUGGUGAGCCAGGCGAAUUUGAGUACUCGACGAAAAAUAAGCCCAGUACAUCAGAUAUGAGACGGAAGCCAUUAGGCGGCACUCUACCAACUUCUAAACAAAUGAAACUAACCAGCUCAGAGUCGCCAGAUGAUGAACCUUUCAACGACCUAGAUGUAACUAUGUUGGAUUAUAUUUCAGACGCAGGAAAAGAGACCACGGUGCAGAAUGAUUCGUCAGAGGGUCGGAACCCCCUGAGAGAAGUAGAUCCCAAUAAUCCGAACAAUCUUUCAGAAAUAGAGUCUCCUGUAUACGAGGAUUUAACAAAGGGCCAGAACCUAUCGGGGGUGGACCCCAAGCAGACGUCCAACAUUUCAGAAAUAGAGUCUGCUGUACAUAACGAGUCGUCAGAGAGCAAGAACUUCUUAAGGGAGGAUCCCAAACAGACGUCCAACAUUUCAGAAAUAGAGUCUGCUGUACAUAACGAGUUGUCAGAGGGCCAGAACGUCUUAAGUCUAGAUCCCAAGCAAACGACCCACAUUUCAGAAAUAGAGUCUGCUGUACACAACGAGUCGUCAGAGGGCCAGAAAGUCUUAAGCCUAGAUCCCAAGCAGACGUCCAACAUUUCAGAAAUUGAGUCUGUUGUACAUAACAAGUUGUCAGAGGGUCCUCAGAGAGUCGUCAUGAUUUCUCGUUGCCACCAAGAGGGACCUACCCUGACAACUCAGGCUGAGGACGUAGUCAGUGACUCAGACUCUGAGUCCGUCGACCAUAGCACUGAUAUGAAUUAUUUUUUAGUCCCAGACAUUCGUGUAUACUCGAAUAAGGGGCUAGUUACACCUGGUAAGCAAACGCUUGAACAAGACUCUGAGCUCUGCACUAACAAUGAUGUGGAGUCAUCGGGGUCUUCUCUUGGACAGCCAAACUCACCUUUACCAGGGCAAACUGAAAAGUACUUUCCCCCGAUGGCAAAAGAUUCCUUGAAUCAACCUGAAGUUCAUUCAUCCUCUACGGGACAACCAGGAUCUGGAUUGGUGAGGCAAUCGAUGGCACAGUCCAAGAUAGAUAAGCGCCAUUGCACUUCACAGAUCAGAAAUAGCAAGCGCGUUUGUAGAGCAAGUUAUCAAAGAAUAGUGAAAUUAGACCACAGUUAUUUAAAGUUGUCAAAGACAGUGUGUUGUGCAUGUACACCCGCUGCCGGUGGUAGGGCUCCUAGUAAACCCAAGGCAGAUGUGAUCAAGCAGAUAUCACUGCAUGGAUCAGAUGUCCACGCAAGGACAACGAUACAGAAUACAAACUUUGUCAAGGAGACUAGUUUUAGCUCUGAAGUACCAUGCCAAGUCGCCGAAUAUGCCACCGUCGCGACAUGUGCCAGCAAUAGACAAAGAAAGUCGGGGACUGUGCUGAGCAUGUUAAAUUUGAGAGUUGUUUUGGACUCUUUGGAUUCACGCAAAUACAAGAGGCUGGCUUCUGUUUCAGGCCUAGCGAAACCUGCUUCAAAACAACCAAAUCUUUAUAAACGGCAAUCAAACGAGGAAGAAGGGCAUUGUUUUGAAAGGACUGAGAAUGGGACGACGACGAGACAAGCUUCACCUGGCCUGUUGGCAGGGAACGAGCGACACCAAGACGGGGGACAUCGCGAUAAGAGGAACCAUGAGACAUACGGGAAUAACGACACAGAAUGUGAUGCUAAUUCUUCUCUCGUGAGCAUUAAUAUCGAGCAUCCAGACUCGGACACGCUCUCUGCUUUGCAAGAUGUUGAUAAUAGUGACACUGCAUCUAAUACGGAGAACUUUGACCAACACCGGGAUAGUAGUUUUUCUUCUGCUACUGUCAGAAAUGAGUCAGUAAAUGAUGAUUACCACACAAAGGAAUCAGCCUCAAGACAUCUCAAAGAUUAUGUUGCUGUUGAUAAACCUAUGGACGUUGAAUCCCAACAACGUCAGCCGAUGGUAUCUCCAGGAGUUACUGUGAAACAGGAACCGGAAGACAGAGGGUACACAGGUGGAUCCAUCUCGCCAGGCCAUCCUACAGGAGGAUAUCAACCCUCAGAUUAUGUUGAUAAACCUGGACAAGUUGAUUGCCAUUGUCACCAACAGAUGUCUCCUGACGCAUUUGCUGUUAAGCAGGAACCGGAAGAUGAUGACUGCAUGGCUGGAUCAAGGUUAGGGCACCUCUCAAAUGAAUCGUCUAGCGGGAUCGAAUUUGGAGACAUUCACCGUUCCAAAUCGAUUAAGCCAUUUGAAGUUACUGGGAAGAAGGAGCCCAACCUUAAUUUAGGUGGAUCAUCCACACCAGUGAAACGCCCUUCUUCGGACUCAAUCAAUUCCAGGAAGUCUUACAACCAUUCCCAAGUGAUGAUGCCAUCAGAUUCUGUUGUGAAGAAAGAGCCAGAGAACGACUUAAGCUUGGGUGAAGCCACCCGAUCAGAUGAGCACGUCAUGUCUAGGAGCGUUACUUGCCCACAUCAACAUCUUUCAUCUGUCACGGUGAAGAAGGAACCACAAGAUGCUGAUCUCAACACGGAUGUCUCAACCUUGUCUGGACAUUUCCCAAAUGAACCCCGCUCUCCUGGUUAUGCAAACGCCAUUAUGGAAUCUGUGUCCCAGUCUAACAAAAGACGUAACGAGGAUCGUCCUGUCAGAAACAAUAGAGCUUCGCUAUUUGCUGAAUGUAGCAACUCUAAUAGAGAGCCAGGCUCUGAUAGUGACUCAAAUAGUGAUUUAGACUCAGAUAGUGACUCGGACCUUGAUAGUGACUCGAGCAAUGAAUACGAUUCCACCAGUAGUUCAAUGGACUUCACUUCUACUUCUGAUACGUCCUCCGAGAUAUCUAGCUCAGUCGAAUCUACAAAAUGUCAUGGCAAACAGUGUGAGAAAAGGAGCCAUUUGAAUUAUGGCAAUCUGCACUUGCGGGUCGUUUUGAGACCAUUAGAAAUGUGUGGGUACGACAAGAGAGCGCUUAUAGCGAAGAUGCCAAACGUGAAGGUGCGUAGUGUUAAUACGAGAGUUCAAUGUUUGCACGAAAAUGGCAAGAGCGAUAAAGAGAGAGCAAGGCUUACUGUAGAUGACGAACAGAUAUUUCAAGGGAAAGGGGAUGGACUGAUGGACAGUCAGAUCCAGAUGGAUGAGCAUCACGAAUGCAUAUACGAUCAGAUAAAAGUCAGACAGAUAUACGAGCAGAGGCAAUUCGGACGGUUGGACAAUCAGAAAGAAGCUCGGAAGACAACUUCAAGAAAUGACCAAUCACCUGUCCAAACCUCUACUUUUUCUGCGUUUGAAAACAUGGACGCUGUUAUUAACAGUCCAUAUAAAGCAAAUUCCAAUAGUGAUUUUACUGACUCAGAAAGUGAUACAAUUUCUUACACCGUGUACUCAGAAAGCGAGUGGGGUUUAGCCAGUAAUCCUCAAACACUUGGCAUGCCCUCGUCUAGUUUGAACCAAACACAACACGGCAGGAAAGUUGAUAAACUGACAGAAAACGAACAGAAGAUUUGCGACCAGCAAGUGAAAAGUCUUGUGAACGAACGGAUAGAAGCCGAAAUGAUAGACAAACUCAAUGAUGGCAAACAAGUUGAGAAAAUGCACAAAGGAGACAGACAAAUGGACGAAAACAAAGUCAGACAGCUGGAACGACCUAUGGGGAAAGGACAAUUGGACGACCAGAAAGAAGAUCAGAAAACAGACAAGCGUGAAUUAGCUGAAAGGAUGGAUGAACAGAAAGAUGCCGGACAGAUUAGCGAACAGAAAGAAAGCAAACAGAUAGACCAACAGAAAGAAGCCGGACAUACGGACGAACAUAAAGAGGCCGGACAGAUAAAUAAACAGAAAGAAGCCGGACAGAUAAAUGAACAGAAAGAAACCGGACAGAUGAACAGACAGAAAGUAACCGGACAGAUGCUCCAACGGAAUAAAACCAGUCAGAAGCAAAGACGGAAUAAAGCUAGACCGAUAUGCUCACUCAAUUAUUCGCCUACAAAAACUAUACACUUACAGAGUCGGUCAAAACGACAACGAAGGCUUACAGAUAACCGGUUUGACUGGUUUGCCUGUGAUCAGGCUUUAGAAACAGACGAAAGAUUUGAGGAGACUCUCGCAUUUAUCAACAACCUCUAGAGAAACUCAUGAAGGGGUAAAAGAAGUGAAAAGAAAACGAACCCUUCAGCAGAAAAGAUAAAUGAAUAGAUAGAAACUGGACAGAUGUACGAACAGAAAGAAGCCAAACAACUGCACGGACAAAAAGAAAUCGGACAAAUGAAUGGACAGAAAGAAGCCGGACAGCUGGACGAACGGAAAGGAGCCAGACAGAUAAGCAUAUAGAAAAAGGCCGGACAGAGGGACAAACAGAAAGAAGCCGGACAGCUGGACAAACAGAAAGAAGCCGGACAGUUGGACGAACAGAAAGAGGCCAUACAGAUAAAUGAACAGAAAGAAGCUGGGCGAACAGAAAGAAGCCAGACAGCUGGACGAACAGAAAGAAGCCGGACAGAUGGACGGACAGAAAGAAGACGGACAGAUGGACAAAGUGCAAGAAGUCAGAAAGAUGAGCGGACGGAAAGAAGAUGGACGGAUGGACAAACCGAAAGAAGAUGGACAGCUGGAUGAACUAAAAGAAGCAGGAGAGAUGAACAGACAGAAAGAAAACGGACAUAUAGAACCCGGACAGAUGGAUGAAGAGAAAGAACCUGGACAGAUGAACGAAGAGAAAGAAGUCAGACAGAUGAGCAGACAGAAAGAAGCCGGGCAAAUUGACGAACAAAAAGAACCUGGACAGAUAGUUGAACAGAAAGAAGACGGACAGAUUACCCAACAGAAAAUAAUCAGACAGAUUGACGAACA